AUGGCUGCGGCUGUGAUUGCUGCCCCAGGCAGGGCUUUGCUUCGGGCAGGAUCUCAGCAGCUGUUCGGGCCGCGACUUGGAGCAGGCACCCUUGGUCCGGACCGCAACUUCAGCCUCUCUCACAAUCGGGGCACAGUUAUCGUGGAGCGCUGGUGGAAGGUGCCGCUGGCCGGAGAGGGCAAGAAGCCGCGCCUGCAUCGGCGACACCGCGUCUAUAAGCUGGUGGAGGACACGAAACACCAGCCGAAAGACAACCUCGAGCUCAUCCUCACGCAGUCAGUGGAGGAACUUGGAGUCCGGGGUGACUUGGUCUCAGUAAAGAAAUCUGUGGGCCGUAAUCGACUCCUUUCGCAAGGACUGGCUGUAUAUGCAUCCCCUGAAAACAGGAAACUGUUUGAAGAGGAGAAAUUGCUAAGACAAGAAGGAAAAUUAGCGAAGAUCCAGACCAAGGCAGGUGAGGCGGCAGUGAAGUUUCUGAGCAGCUGUCGCCUGGAAGUGGGGAUGAAGAACAAUGUCAAAUGGGAGCUAAACCCUGAAAUAGUGGCCCGCCACUUCUUCAAGAAUCUUGGUGUUGUGGUAGCCCCCCAUGCAGUAAAGUUACCAGAAGAGCCCAUCACACGGUGGGGCGAAUACUGGUGUGAGGUGACGGUAAAUGGUCUUGAUACUGUGAGGGUGCCUAUGUCUGUGGUGAACUUUGAGAAGCCCAAGACCAAAAGAUAUAAGCACUGGUUAGCCCAGCAGGCAGCCAAGGACACGGCCUCCAAAAGCUCCCGGACACUCUGACUUGCCCUCCCUCCAAGGCA